CAGGACCGGCAAGCGAGAAGUAUUAGCAUCCGCGCUGAGUAGCUUUAAAACCCCGCUCAGAAGGCCAGAUUUUGCCGCGUGUUUGAACGGGGAGCUGGGUCUGGGCGGCAGCGCCGGGGGGUUUUCAUGGGCUGCCAGCGGUGCCUAGCUCUGCUCGCACUGUGCGUGCCUACAGCUAAGGGAGCCCCGCUGACCCGCCCCUAGCAAACACCGCCACGCAGCCCGCACUCCCCAGUCUGACCCCGCAGCGAACGGGGCUCGGCGCUGGCUGGGGGGCCACUAGGGACCGGCCUGGGGGCGGGGGGAGGUGGCAGCUCCUCCUCUCGCUCUCAUUGGUGCCUGCAGCAGCGGUAGCAGCCGGCGGUGGGAUGAGGAGUCGACAGGGAACUGCUGCUGCUGCUGGACCCGGGGCCGCGCUGGGCGUGGGCAGCCUCCGCAUGUGAGCGGGGAGCAGGCGGUCGGCCCCGGAGCCAUGUACUCCGGGAACAGCAGCAGCGCCAGCAGCCAGGCGCCCGGCCCGGGGCAGCAGGAGCAGCGGGAGGACCUGCCCCUCUUCAGCCCCAGCACCUACGAGCUCCUGGCGCUGCUCAUCGCCACCAUCGGCAUCCUGGGCUUGUGCAACAACCUGCUGGUGCUGGUGCUGUACUACCGCUUUCAGCGGCUGCGCACCCCCACCAACCUCUUCCUGCUCAACAUCAGCCUCAGCGACCUGCUGGUCUCGCUCUGCGGGGGGACCCUCACCUUCGUGUCCUGCCUCCGCAGCCGCUGGGUCUGGGACGCGCCCGGCUGCGUCUGGGACGGGUUCAGCAACAGCCUCUUCGGUAAGGGGGAGGGGAGGAGACC